UCUGUUCACAGGCCUACAGUCGAUGGUAAAAAGGGAGAAGAGGAAGGGGCUCAGCACGCAGCCCUGUGGUACACCAGUGUUGAGUGUGACGGUGGUGGAGCAGAUGUGGCCUGAUCUAACAUUCUGAGGUCUGUUAGUCAGAAAGUCCAUAACCCAGUUGCAGAGAGACGUGUUGAUAUCCAGGUCUCUGAGUUUGAUCAGUAACUUAGAGGGUAUGACAGUGUUGAAUGCUGAGCUGAAGUCAACAAACAGCAUUCGUGCAUAAGUGUUUUUAUUGUCCAGGUGAGUGAGUACAGAGUGCAGUGCUAUGGAGACGGCAUCUUCUGUGCUCCUGUUGCCACGGUAGGCAAACUGAUGUGGGUCCAGUGUGGAUGGCAGAGAGUCGUUCAGAUGUGCCAGGACCAACCGCUCGAAGCACUUCAUGAUGAUGGGUCUGAAGAAGCAGCAAACAGGAGGAAUUACUGCAGGAGAAACAACUGACAUAGUAAAGAUGGAGAUUGAGGAAGAACCCUGCAGAAUAAAAGAGGAAGAGACAGAGGAACGAAUAGUAAAGACAGAGUUUAAGGAAGAACCCUGCAGAAUAGAAGCUGAAGAUCAAGAACAAACAGAUGCAAACGCAGUCAAGGCAUCUUUCAGCUGCUCCGAGUGUGGAAAGAGUUACAAAAAUAAAUCAACAUUCAGAGUGCACAUGAGAUUUCACACUAGAGAGAGACUGCUGACAUGCACCGAAUGUGGGAAGUAUUUCGCUGAGAGAAGAAAGCUGGAUAGGCACACGAGGAUUCACACUGGAGAAAAGCCGUACACAUGCACUCAGUGUGGAAAGAGUUUCACAUCUAAAAGCACUCUCAAAGAGCAUCAGCUCUCUCACACCGGAGUGAAGCCGUUCAGCUGUGAUCAGUGCGAGAAAACAUUUGUGUCUGCAUCAUACCUAAGGAAACACCUUAAAGUUCAUGCUGGACUGAGGCCUCACUGUUGUACUUGUUGUGAAAAGAGUUUUUCACGACUGGAAACUUUGCAAAUUCACCAGAGGAUUCACACCGGAGUGAGACCGUAUACGUGCUCAGACUGUGAAAGAAGCUUCAGUACGUCAGCUAACCUAAAAACACACCAGAGGAUUCACACUCGAGAGAAACCACACUGCGAGAGGAGUUUCACUUUGUCAGAAGCCAUGAAAGAUCAUCAGAGGAUUCACUCUGGAGAUAAACCACAUCAGUGCUCCUCAUGCGGGAGAUUUUUCAGCGUUUUAGCAAGAUUACGAACCCAUGAGAAAAAGCAUUGCACAAAGUAAACAAAGUCUCCAUUGAAAUACAUUAUAAUCAAGUAAAUAAAGUGGUGUUUGAAUCAA